AUGAAGAAAGGAAAGUCAAAGGCACCUAAAGACAAAGGUCAAAAUCAAGAUGAGCCAGCUGUCCUGGAGACAGAGGACCUGGACCGCAGGUUUGGAGGCGGCCCAGACCCUGACACCAUCUCCCUGGCCUCUGUUACCGCGGUAACAACCAAUGUGUCCAAUAAGAGGUCUAAGCCUGACAUAAAGAUGGAGCCUGGAGCUGGAAGGCCAAUGGACUUCCAAGUGAGUGUUACAGUCAUCGAGGCCAGACAGCUGGUGGGCCUCAACAUGGACCCAGUGGUCUGUGUGGAGAUUGGAGAUGACAAGAAGUACACAUCAAUGAAGGAGUCGACCAACUGCCCAUACUACAAUGAGUACUUUGUAUUCGACUUCCAUGUACCUCCUGACCUCAUGUUUGAUAAGAUCCUGAAGGUUUCGGUCAUUCACUCUAAAAACCUACUGAGAAGUGGCACACUGGUCGGAUCUUUCAAAAUGGAUGUGGGCACAGUGUACUCACAGCCUGAGCAUAACUUUUACCACAAGUGGGCCAUCUUGUCUGACCCUGAUGACAUCACGGCUGGCUGCAAGGGUUAUGUGAAGUGUGAUGUUGCUGUGGUCGCAAAGGGCGAUAACAUCAAGACACCCCACAAGUCCACUGAAACAGACGAGGAUGAUAUAGAGGGGAACCUCCUGCUGCCUGAAGGUGUACCGAUGGAGAGACAGUGGGCACGGUACUAUGUGAAGAUCUACAGGGCCGAGGGGCUGCCUAAGAUGAACACCAGCAUUAUGGCCAACGUGAAAAAGGCCAUCAUUGGAGAAAACAAAGACCUGUUGGAUCCAUAUGUUCAAGUCUUGUUUGCUGGCCAGAAGGGAAAGACCACAGUGCAGAAAAGCAACUAUGAGCCAAUAUGGAAUGAACAAGUCGUCUUCACGGAAAUGUUCCCCCCUCUAUGCAAGAGAAUGAAAGUCCAAAUCCGUGACUCAGAUAAAGUGAAUGAUGUGGCUAUAGGAACACACUUCAUUGACCUCAGAAACAUUGCUAAUGAUGGUGACAAGGGCUUUCUUCCCACUCUGGGCCCUGCCUGGGUGAACAUGUAUGGCUCCACAAGGAACUACAGCAUUAUGGAUGAGUACCAGGACCUGAAUGAGGGCCUAGGAGAGGGGGUGUCAUUCAGGGCCCGUCUCCUAAUCAGCCUGGCUGUAGAGAUCCUCGACACAGGCUCCCCGGACGUUAUGAGCAACACAGACGUGCAGGUGGAGGGAGUGCCCAAAAUUGCUGAGAAUGCUACUGGAAAGGUCGAGGAAUUUUUACUGUAUGGGGCCUUCCUUGAAGCAACCAUGAUUGACAGGAAGAUUGGUGAUAAGCCAAUCACUUUUGAGGUCACCAUAGGUAACUAUGGGAACGAGAUAGAUGGGAUGAUGAAGCCCAAGUCACGGAGGAAGAAGAAAGGAGGGGACAGUGAUGAAGAGGAAACUGAUUUGAUCCAAGGCUCCAGUGAUGAAGAUAUGGAGGAUGAUGGAGAUUUAGCGUCUGUAGCAUCCACCCCAGCCAUGAAACCCCUCAUCACAGAUAGGAACUACUUCCAUCUGCCUUACUUUGAGAGGAAGCCGUGCAUCUAUAUCAGAAACUGGUGGCAAGAUCAGAAGAGGCGCCUAUACAACUCCAACAUCAUAGACAACAUAGCAGAUAAACUGGAAGAGGGGCUGAAUGAUGUGCAGGAGGUCAUAAAGACAGAGAAGGCCUAUCCAGAGCGCAGACUGAGAGGAGUUCUGGAGGAGCUCAGCAAUGGCUGCAGUCAGUUCCUUAACCUGGCGAAUCAGGACCAGAACCAGACAGGAAAGACCAAGCUGGAUCGGGAGCGACUGAAGUUCUGCAUGAGGGAGUUGGAAACCUUGGGUCAGCAGGCCAAGACCAUUCGCUCACAGGUGAAGAAGAACACAGUAAAAGACAAGAUAAAACUGGUGCAGAACUUCUUGCAAAAGCUUCGCUUCCUGGCAGUAGAGCCACAACACAGCGUCCCAGACAUUUUCAUCUGGAUGCUGAGCAACAACAAGCGCAUUGCCUACGCUCGAGUUCCUUCCAAAGACAUUCUCUACUCUCCAGUGGAGGAGGAGAAAGGGAAAGACUGCGCCAAAGUGAAGACCAUUUUCCUCAAGCUGCCCGGUAAGAAGAGCUUUGGGCCAGCAGGCUGGACAGUGCAGGCCAAGACUGAGAUGUACCUGUGGCUGGGCCUGAGCCGGCAGCGUAGAGAUUUCCUGAGCGGUUUGCCCAACGGCUUUGAGGAGGCCAAGGUCUCCACAGGACCUGGCAUGCAGACUGCCCCACCCAUCAGUCUUAUCUAUACCAUGAAGCAGGUCUUCCAGCUGAGGGUGCACAUGUACCAAGCACGCAGCCUGUUUGCUGCAGACAGCUCCGGCCUCUCUGACCCCUUUACCAGGGUGUUCUUCUCCACACACAGCCAGGUCACAGAGGUCCUGAAUGAGACUCUCUGUCCAACUUGGGACCAGCUGCUGGUGUUUGAUAAUGUGGAGCUCUACGGGGAAGCUUGUGAGCUGAGAGACGAUCCACCAAUCAUUGUCUUAGAGAUCUAUGAUCAGGAUGCUGUGGGCAAGGCAGAGUUCAUGGGAAGGACAUUUGCUAAACCGAUCACCAAGAUGUCAGAUGAGUAUUAUGGACCCCCACGCUUCCCACCCCAACUGGAGUACUACCAGAUCUACAGAGGGAACUGCACCGCUGGUGAAAUGCUGGCUGCCUUUGAACUCCUACAGAUUGGUGCUGGUGGGAAGGCGGAGCUGCCUCCUAUUGAUGGGCCUACUGAGUUGGACCGUGGACCCAUCCUCCCUGUACCUAUUGGCAUACGUCCUGUCCUCAGCAAGUACCGCAUCGAGGUGCUGUUCUGGGGCCUGCGGGACCUGAAGCGGGUGAAUUUGGCCCAGGUGGACAGACCAAGAGUGGACAUUGAGUGUGCUGGAAAGGGGGUGCAAUCUGCCCUUAUCCAGAACUACAAGAAGAACCCAAACUUUAGCACCCUUGUCAAGUGGUUUGAAGUGGACCUGCCCGAGAAUGAGCUUCUGCACCCUCCUCUCAACAUCCGCGUUGUGGACUGCCGCGCCUUCGGCCGCUACACGCUGGUGGGCUCCCAGGCUGUCUCGUCGCUCCGCAAGUUCAUCUAUCGUGCCUCAGACAAGCACGCCAACAACUACUCUUCUCAUGAUGAGAUUAUCUGUAAUGCGGAGCCAGAGCCUCCAGUGAAGAAGAUGGAGACAGUGGUCAAACUCGACUGUGGGUCUGACGCAGUGGUCAAGGUUGAUAUGCCAGAUGAUGACAAGAAUGGGAAGGGCAAGAAGAAGAAGAAUAAGGGAGCUGAGGUGGAGGAGGAGGAGGUGGACGAGAGCAUGCUGGACUGGUGGUCCAAGUACUUUGCCUCCAUUGAGACACUGAUGGAGAUAUUAAAGGCCCAGGAGGCUGCUCUGGCGGAAGCUGAGCGGGACGAGGAUGCAGAUCCACCACCUGAGGGGGGAGAAAUCAACCCUGAUGAAUCUCCUGUGUAUAACAGGGAGUUAGACCAUGAGUUUGACGGCUUUGAGGACUGGCUCCACUCGUUCAACCUGUACAGAGGGAAAGGCGGUGAUGAUGAUGACCAAAACAUGCCUGAUGAGGACAGGCUUGUUGGCAAAUUUAAAGGCUCCUUGUGUAUAUACAAAGUCCCGAUGUCAGAUGAGAUGUCCAGAGAGGUUGGCGGUGAUUCAAACAUGGGCAUGUUCCAGAACAUUCCUCAGAACAACCCCAUGAACAUUUUAGUUCGAGUGUAUGUCGUCAGGGCUACAGAUCUGCAUCCAGCUGACAUUAAUGGGAAGGCAGAUCCUUAUAUAGCUAUCAAGCUGGGGAAAACUGAAAUCAAAGACAAAGAAAAUUACAUCUCCAAACAGCUGAACCCUGUGUUUGGAAAGUCCUUUGACAUUGAGGCCACGUUCCCAAUGGACUCCUCCUUGACAGUCUCAAUCUAUGACUGGGAUCUAGUGGGCACUGACGACCUCAUCGGCGAGACCAAAAUCGACCUGGAGAAUCGCUACUACAGCAAACACAGAGCAACAUGUGGCAUCGCCUCAUCAUACUCCCUCUUUGGCUACAAUGUGUGGAGAGACCCGAUGAAGCCCACUCAGAUCCUGAGUAAACUCUGCAAGGACGGCAAGGUGGACGGGCCCCACUUUGGCCCUGGGGGAAGGGUGAAGGUGGCCAAUCGUGUUUACUUUGGGCCAACUGAAAUAGAGGAUGAAAACGGUCUGAAGAAGCAGACUGAUGAGCACCUGGCCCUGACGGUGCUGAAGCACUGGGAGGACAUGCCACGGGUCGGCUGCAAGCUCGUCCCCGAGCAUGUGGAGACGCGCCCGCUGCUCAACCCAGACAAGCCCGGCAUUGAGCAGGGCAGGAUUGAGAUGUGGGUGGACAUGUAUCCCAAAGAUAUGGCAGCACCUGGUCCAGCCCUGGAUAUUUCUCCACGGAAACCAAAGAAGUUUGAGUUGAGGGUGAUCAUCUGGAACACAGAUGAAGUUGUUUUGGAAGAUGACGACAUCUUCACAGGAGAGAAGUCCAGUGACAUUUUUGUCAGGGGUUGGCUCAAAGGGCAACAGGAGGACAAGCAGGACACCGAUGUGCACUACCACUCACUGACCGGUGAGGGCAAUUUCAACUGGCGGUUUGUCUACCCCUUCGAUUACCUGAUGGCAGAGGAGAAGAUUGUAAUCUCCAAGAAGGAGUCCAUGUUUGCGUGGGAUGAAACUGAGUACAAGAUCCCACCCCGGCUCAACAUCCAAGUGUGGGACGCUGAUCACUUCUCCGCAGAUGACUUCUUGGGGGCAAUUGAACUGGACCUCAACCGAUUUGUUCGUGGGGCCAAGACAGCAAAACAGUGCAGCCUAGACAUGGUUGAGAAUGCGGAGGACAUGCCAAUGGUGUCCAUCUUCAAGCAGAAGAGAAUCAAGGGCUGGUGGCCAUUUUUGGCCCGAGAUGAGAAUGAUGAGCUAGAGAUCACGGGGAAAGUGGAGGCUGAGCUGCACCUGGUCACCGGGGAGGAGGCGGAGAAGAGUCCAGUCGGGGAGGGACGCAAUGAGCCAGAGCCGAUGGAGAAACCAAAUCGUCCAGACACCGCUAUGUUGUGGUUCCUCACUCCGCUGAAGGCUAUCCGCCACCUGGUCUGUACCCAGUACAAGUGGCUGGUCAUCAAGAUUGUGGUGGCGCUGCUGGUCUUGGCCAUGCUAGGGCUCUUCCUCUACAGCAUGCCGGGCUACAUGGUGAAGAAGCUGCUGGGAGCUUAA